UGUUGCCUGAUCUGAGCUCUGUCACUGUGUGAAUGCAAGUAAGCCGGCGAGCCAGUCAGCGACCGAGAGGAAGUGUGUGAGGGUGAUAGGUGCAGAGUGUGUGUUUGAUGUGUGUGUGUGUGUGUGUGAGAGAGAGAGGGAGGGAGAGACAGAGAAAGGCAGUUGCACUUUGUGUCGGUGCGGGAAAGAAAGCCAGGCAGCCGGUGCAGUGCUUCACAUCCUGCACCCUCCUCUGCCUCUCCGAGGACUGAACCACUACCGGGGACUCACUCUGUGGACUAUUCCGACGGCUUUCCUCUCCACUCGCCUUUGAAGGGAACACCUGUGUGUGUGUGUGUGUGUGUGUGUGUGUGUCGAGAGAAAGAGUGAGAGAGUGCGAGGAGACUCCGCGGACUUGGCCCCUGAGAGCAGGGCGGGUGGAUGACUUCAGUGGAUGAGGGUUUGGUCGGUGGAAAGAGGGAGACUGCUGCUGAACAUGGGCUCCCCUCCGUAGUUGACGGGGCUGGCGAGGAGGAGCAGGUCCUCCCGGUCAUCAUGUGCUCUCGGACCUCUCCUGACCCCGUCCCCGAGUGCCAGUUGUUCCCUGACGAGUUGGAGGAGCCGGAGGAGGGGGUAACAGAAGAGGGCAAAGAGAGGGAGUCAGACAGAGACAGCGCUGUGGAAAGCUCCCAGGGGUCUGACUCUUCAGAGGGUCUCACCAGACACUUGGACAAGGAAGACACACUGGGAGAGCUCUAUUUCUCCGGGGACAAGUGUGCUCAGGCUAGCAUCUCUAUAACCUCCGACCUUUCCACACGUUCCUCCGCCUCAUUGAACGAAGAGCAAUUUGAGGACUACGGUGAAGGGGAGGAACCAGAAUACACUCCCAGCAGCCCGUCUCCAGACGACGAGACUCGGACUAACGGUUACUCCGACCUUGGCUCGUCUGUACCCUCAAGCGCGGGUCAGACCCCUCGGAAGGUACGUCACCAGUACGCCGGCGAGCUCAUGGACGUCUACUGUUCCCAGUGCAGCAAGAAGGUCAACCUGCUCAAUGAUCUGGAUGCUCGGCUCAAAAACCUCAGGGCUCACAGUCCCAGCAGAAAAAUCUCCAGCACUGCCUUUGGAAGGCAGCUGCUCCAUAACAGCAACCUCAGCAGCCGCAACGGCAGUACAGAAGACCUUUUCAGAGACAGCAUCGACUCCUGUGACAUUGACAUCAACGAGAAGGUGAGUUCUCUUGAGAAGAAGGUAGCUGAACUCGAGAAUGAGAUUCUGAUGAAUAGUGACCUGAAGUCCAAACUGAAGCAGGAGAACACACAGCUAGUACACAGGGUAAAUGAGCUAGAGGAACAGCUGAAGGACCAAGAGACUCGUGCAGAGCAAAAUUUCCAGGAGGAGUUAAGAAGACACAGAGAAGCUUAUAGCAAAAUGGAAAGAGACAAGAACACACAGAUAGAGCUACUGACCAGCCGUAUUAAGAAUCUGGAAGAGGAGAACAGUGAGAUGUCUUCUAGUAUGUUUCGACUCAGAUCUCAGACAGAGAAGCUUGAUGAGGAGAAACAAAGGAUGACAGACAAGCUGGAGGACACCAGUCUGCGGCUGAAGGAUGAGAUGGACCUGUACAGGAAAAUGAUGGAUAAACUGAAACAAAACAGAGAGCAGUUCCAGAAAGAAAAAGACGCCAUGCAGGAGUUAAUAGAAGACCUGCGUCGAGAGCUGGAGCAUUUGCAGCUGUACAAACUGGAGGCGGAGAAGCCCGGUCGGAGCCGCAGCUCCUCGUCUGGACUUUCAGACUUUAACAGCAGGACCAGAGAGGUGGAGCUCGAGCAUGAAGUUAAGAGACUGAAGCAGCAAUGUGCAUCCCAGGACUUUCUUCCCCCCGACUUCCAUCUCCUGGUGUUGUCUGGGGCUCAGCGCUGCCCCGGACUCACGGAAACCCAGAAGUUGAGGGAGCAGAAUGAUGACCUGAAUGGUCAGAUUCUUAGCCUAAGCCUCCACGAAGCCAAGAACCUGUUUGCCACCCAGACCAAGGCUCAGUCUUUAGCUGCUGAGAUAGACAGCGCCUCCAGAGAUCAGUUGAUGGAAGCCCUGAAGGAACAGGAGGACAUCAAUUUAUGCCUGCGGCAGUACAUGGACAAGGUUAUUCUGUCCAUCUUGGACCACAACCCUUCCAUUCUGGAGAUAAAGAACUAACAGACGCCUAUCUGGGAUGGAAAUCAUCAGUCCUAAUGUUGAAUGGUUGCCAGUUUAUCUGUUCUGGGAAUCUGCAAAGGAGGACGGCAAAGAUGAGCGGACUCGGGUUUGUGUAAAUGGACCUGCUUUGCCCUCUGCUGUUCGUUCCGAGGACGUUUUCUCCCCACGGACUAAUAUUCAGCGAUACAUUUUGAGGGACUUUUCUCAGUGAUCAAAUACUAAACAACUGAUGGUUAUGCAAAUGUGACUGUUGGUCUCAGUCUGCACUGUUUUCUUACUCUGCUGCUCUGUUCUGUUCAUAUUGUUAUGACUUUUCUUUUUUUUUUAUGUUACAAGCUGGUAGUUUCUAAGCAGGAAUAACUUGAGCCCAACCUGCUUUUAAGACUGUCAGUCAGUGGAGUGCACUGGAAUUAAUCUAAAGGGCAUAAAUACUGGAACAGCCUAACACAUCUUACCUUCAUAAAAUAAUUGCGGUAUUAUUGAAAGAGAAAUGACUGGUAGGGUCUAUUUUUUUGGAAAAACAGUAAGUCGAAUUAAAAAAAGGAAAAAGGCGACAAGAAGAUGGUGACCCUGUUCCAGACAGACAUGAAGGCAGCCAUGUUGCCUGACCUGUGUGCAAGAGAUGAUGAAUGCAUGUAAUCAUUAAUUUGGACCAGCAUGUAUUUUGAAAAGAAUAAGAAAUGAGCAAAGAGUGCUCAAAAGAAAGAACAGAAGGAAUGUUUUUGGAAGUUGAAAUAAAUACAAAUGAAAUGCUUGGGAAUGUUUUACUCCACAUCCUACAUAAUGGUUUCUUUGUGGAAUCAGUGAAAGGUACACUGAUGAUUUUUAUUUAUGCUUUUUUUUAAUCUUAAGAAUAGUCUUCCAAAAAAAAACUUUGCAUCUAUGUCAAUCAGAGCAAUAGUGCUUAGUUGGCUCAGAGGGGUUGAACUGAUUGACAGAAGCUGUAGCCAAGGAAUGUCUUUAAACUCUAAAGUGAGGCCUGAGCUGGAAGAGAUUUGCAGCUGGUAGUAAUAUGCCCAAACAAUGUUGCACAGGAACGUUUAGAUAUGUAUGUGUGGGGGAGCUACGUCUGAGUGAUUGAUGGUCUUUGUAACGGGCCGUUUAAACGCAUCUAUGAACCCAGAGAGAUCGAUUUACACACCAGACACGAGCAUGCACAGGAGACUCACUUUUUUUUUUUUACCGAAGACUGGAUCAGCAAUCUCAUUGCCACCUUCUAACAACAGAUUUACAUGAAACCCUGAUUUGCUUUGUGUAACUAAUAAACUGCUGUAAAUAUAAUGAACUUAAAUGUUUUACUUCCUGUGUGGCCAAAAGGCAUUUGUAAUUUAAUGUAAUUGGUUAAAACAUGUUUUAAUACAGUAUUUACUGCUGCAAUUGAGGGUUACUUUAAGGGGAUAGGUUGAUAUUUUUGAGGUGAGAUUCUGGUAAAAGCUUACAAACGGUUAAUCUCUUACCUGCAGCAAAUAGCUGUCUCUUAGUGUCUACAUUUAGUAUAAACUCAUAUUGGCUGGUCCCAGAGGAUAAUGCUAAGUUCUGGUAGAGACUUCAGUUGCAUUGGGUGUUUAUUUGUUUUGUUUUUUAAUAAAAAAAAAACAAAACAUAAUUAUUUACAUGGACAAUGGAGUUCAGACCCAGUGUGCCACCACAGAGCUUCCGUUGUGAAACAUAGACUGAGUCCACAAUAUGUACAGUAAAGCAUUUCCAUUCAGACUAAAUCCCUAACAGAAACAAAAAAAAUGAAAUAGAAAAAUAUCUUGUUUUGAUUUAAAUUUGCCUAUUUUUUUAUAUAUAUUUUUUUACACACCCGUACUAUGCUUUAAUGUCCCAGUAUGUGUUUCACACAAGACAAUUUUUGGUGGUACAUAUACUUCUAUCUCUAUAUUUGUGUCAAUAAUUAUUAGUUUUUCUGUAGAUGACCACCUAAAGCAAAUGUAACAGCUUAAAGGUUUAUAAAAUACUAUUUACAUAAAUUAUUUUUGAGUUGGGCUUUGUUUUAAAGCCUCUGUAAACCAUUAUGGUCUUGGUCAUCCUCAGACUAGCCCUUAGCUGCAGCUGGAGGAACCAUCUAAUCUGGAUAUUUACCAAAUGAAGGUGCUAACAGAGUUGCUACAGGGUAAAAUAAUACCGCCUGUAAUCCUUUAACUUAGGAACUUAAGUCAAACUUUCUGAACUAUCCCAUUAAAGUAAAGGAGGAACAAUCAAAAUCUGCUGUAUUAUGUAAUUCUCACAAACUUGAGUUUUGCUUCCUUGCACAAAAAACAUCUUGUUUUCUUUUGCAUGGCUUACGUUUUCUCUGUCUGUGCCUUCUGGGGACAUUUUUUCAAGACGAACUUGCUCUAGACUUACACAUUUUUCAAGGUACACGUUGUGUCUGUCAGACUUGUUUUCCUGACUUGUAAAUGUUGUACUUGAACAGUAAUCAUUUGUAUUGAUGUGCCACUUACCACUCUUUUUCAGACUGGUACUAAAAAAAACUAUUUUUUACAGUUUUAUCAAAGAGAAACCAGCUUGUUGCCUAGGUGCUUUGUUGGAUGUAUAGCACAAUGCUUUGUAUGGUACUUAGACUGGCUCAUGUUUUGUCUGUAUAGUGAAUGACUAAUUCUUUUUUUUUAAAUUAGUGUCUAUUUCUUACUUUUGUUUUAAUUUUUUGUUAGUUAUGGUCAGAUGAAUAAUUUUCACUUUGCUUCAACUGACUUUUUGUAUGGUUGUAAACCGUCUUCCUACUUCAACUGUGAGCAUUAUGAGCAAUAUUAACAUAUACAAAUACUGGCUCAUCGGUUCUUUCAAUAGCUGCUUGUGCCAUCCUCAAUUUGAAUAAAAUCCAACACAACAUCAA